CUGUGAAAGGGCGGUAAGGGUACUGGACCGUAAGCAGGAGUGGUUGCUGUUGACUCGCGUCCCGACUCCUCGGGCCUCCGCUUCCUCCGCGUCGUGCCGUCGCUGACCCAAGCGCCGGAGAGCGGAGCGGCUGCUAAUAAUCUCUCUCGCGUCACCACCGCGGCCUCCGGCAGAGAUGGCCGGCGAGGAGGCGCCGCUUGGCGCGCUCAACCUGACCGAAUACGCCCCUGCCGGCGCGCGCACCGUCGACUGCUACAGGCGUAUCCGCAAGAUCGGCGAGGGCACCUACGGUGAGGUAUUUGAGGCUGUGGAUAUUGUGACUGGGGAAAGAGCAGCACUCAAGAAAAUCAAACUGGAUGAUGGCAAAGAAGGGUUUCCACGCCAAAUCUUGCGUGAGAUUAAACUAUUAAAAAAGCUGGAUCAUGAGAACAUCAUCAGAUUGAAAGAGAUUGUAGUAUCUCCUGGUUCUGCGCAUGGAACAGGAGGAUUGGAUGAUCACAUGUAUAGGGGAGAUAUCUACAUGGUUUUCGAAUACAUGGACCAUGAUUUGAAGAAAGUAUUGCACCAUAGUACCACAUCCCAAGUCAAGGUUUAUAUGGGGCAGCUGCUAAAAGGAUUGCAUUACUGCCAUGUCAACAAUGUCCUUCAUCGUGAUAUCAAAGGGGCUAAUCUUCUAGUAAGCGGUGGUAAGCUGUUAAAGCUUGCUGAUUUUGGCCUUGCAAGACCAUUCACUAGAGAUGGUAGUUUCACAAAUCAUGUUAUCACUUUAUGGUACCGACCCCCAGAAUUGCUUCUUGGUGCCACAAAUUAUGCUGAAGCUGUGGAUAUCUGGUCUGUUGGUUGCAUAUUUGCAGAGUUUUUACUUAAGAAACCAUUAUUUCCUGGCAAAACCGAGCAAGACCAGCUAUCGAAAAUAUUUGAACUGUGUGGAUCUCCAAAUGAAGAAAACUGGCCAGGUGUAUGCAAGCUACCAUUGUACAAGACUAUGACUAUCCAUCCUGUGACGCCAACCAAAAGACGCCUGAGAGAUAUGUUACAGAACUUUGACUGCCAUGCCAUCGAAUUAAUUGAACGCAUGUUGAUCCUUAAUCCUACUCAGAGAAUUUCCACACAGGAUGCUCUUGUUGCAGCAUACUUCAACUAAACUCACAUGGGGAACAAAUCUAGAUUCACUGUUCUCUGCAACUGAUUGAGUUUUUUGACCUUGUCAGACUAGGAUCUGGGAAUCUCAUUGGUGAUUGGUGUAAGUAGUACCUGAAGUCUUAUUUCUCCUUCUGACCUUGGAUAGGGCUAACAAGCAAUUUAACUUUGUCUUGUCUAGCUUUAAAUGUAUAUGGAUGUACUGUACAUUAUUACUUGUGGCAAACUGUAUUUUAUUAUUAAUUCAUAAUAAUAAGCACUGCUUCUUGGUCUA